AUGUCUGGAAACGCUCAUACCUCCAAGUCCGCCAACGGCAUGGGCAGCAGCCUCAGUGCAGGAAACCUGAGUCACAUCCCCGAUGGCAGCAGCGGCAGCAUGGAACGCUUUUCGCAGUCGUCCGCGGCGGAAGCACCUUACUAUGCCCGGGCACGAAUGGGUGAACGCUCUGAUCAUGUGUCGCGUCUCUCAAGCCAGCUCGACGCGACAGAACAGAUCUUGAAAAAAUGA